UGGCGCUUGUGGCCAGCUAGGGAGUGCUGCUCUUAUGGUGACAGGUAUAGAUAGACGACAUGACGGAAGCUGUUGGUGCCUGCGCCGGCCCUACUCCUCCCAGAGACAUCAACCAUCAUGAUCACUUUCAUAAAUCAGGGUGUGCGGGCUGGAACUUGCCGCUGCGAUACGUGGUGGUGUUCCUGGGGCUGCUGGGCAGUACUAUCGACUACCUGGUGAGGAAUAGCAUCAGUGUGGCCAUCGUGGCCAUGGUCAACACCACCCACACCAAAGGCGCCGCCAUGCCAGACGCCUGCCCGGCAGCCAUCAACACCUCCUACAACGCCCUGGCAGACAUGGAGCCGGGGGAGUACGACUGGAGCCUUCAGCAGCAAGGCGUCGUGCUGGCCACCUUCUUCUGGGGAUACUUCAUCACUAAGACCCUCGGUGGGCGCAUAGCGGAGGUGGUGGGCGCCCGGGAGACGAUGGGCUGGAGCCUGGGGGUGUGUGGGGUACUCUCCCUGCUGUGUCCUGCUGCUGCCCACCUUCACCCUCUGGCACUAGCGGCGGUGAGGCUCCUGAUGGGUGUGGCCCAGGGCCCCGCCUUCCCCGCCCUCUACAGCGUCCUGGCCAGCUGGUCCCCACCAGAGGAGCUGGCUACUAUGGUGUCUGUCGCUUACUCAGGGGGUGCGCUGGGGUCGCUGAUAGCCCUGGGGGUGUCGGCGUGGGUGGUGGAGUGGCUGGGGUGGCGGUGGGUGUUCUGGGGCGGGGGGCUCCUGGCCCUCACCUGGGCCCCACUCUGGUUCCUGGUGGUCAGAAACACUCCACACCAGCAUCCCUGCAUCUCUGAGAGGGAGAGGAAGAUGUUGAUCAGCAUCCACGUCCAUCCCGGGAGGCGUAUACCGUGGAGGAGCAUCGCCAGGUGUAAGGUGGUGUACCUCUUGAUGUUGGUCGAGCUGGGUAACAUGUGGGUGGUCAACUUCUCCAGCACACAGGGGCCGACCUUCCUCAUCAACCAGGUCGGGCUGAGCAUGAAGGAGUCGGGCUGGGCGUUGAUGGCCAUGGCCGCCAUCGGCUGGGUGUUCUACAUAGUGUACGGCUGGUUGUCUGACCUCAUCCUCCGCCACCACCUCCUCUCCAAGCUCAAUACACGCAGACUCAUGCACAUCACAGCGAUGGUGUGGGUAUGCAGCAGCCUAGUGGGGAUUGUGUUGGCCGGGUGUAGAGCGGCGCUGGUGGCUGGGCUGAUGCAGUUCAUCGGCCUGGGGCUACCCGCCACCAUCACCUCCUUCCAGCUCACGCCCAUGGACAUCGCGCCCAACUACGCCGGUACGCUGGCCGGACUAAUUGGCCUGGGUGAUAUCGCUGGGUUCGUCGCUCCUAUCGUCACCUCCCACCUCAUCUCCCUGCCACACGGGUGGGAGGCGACUAUCCUGCUGAGCAGUGCCGUGUACCUCAGCGUGGGGCUCCUCUACGUCCUCGGCCUCACAGCUGACGUAUACGACUGGAACUACUACGACGAGAUCUCCAGCGACGCACAGCAGCAGACUGUGUCGGGUGCUGAGGCAACCCCAGGUGCCAGCAGACCUCUAAGUGCUGGGAGUCCGUAGUCAACACUAUGGUGACUUUAGUGCCGUCAUGGUAGUGCUGGGACACCAUAGUCAACACCAUUGUGACUAUAGUGCCGUCAUGGUAGUGCUGGGACACCAUAGUCAACACCAUGGUGACUAUAGUGCCGUCAUGGUAGUGCUGGGACACCAUAGUCAACACCAUGGUGACUAUAGUGCCGUCAUGGUAGUGCUGGGACACCGUAGUCAACACCAUGGUGACUAUAGUACCGUCAUGGUAGUGCUGGGACACCAUAGUCAACACCACGUUGACUAUAGUGCCGUCAUGGUGGUGCCAACAUCAUGGUGACUAUAGUGCCGUCAUGGUAGUGCCAACAUUAUGGUGACAAAAGUGCCGGCAUGAUAGUGCUUCGAUAAUUGUCACCCAUUAUUGCUAAAGUUGACAGUUGCAACAUUAAAUGUUGAUGCAUUGCCACCCAGUCUCCUGAGGGUUGCGCAAGAUUGAUCUGUCAACAGCUCCAUUUGGAUAUAAUCUACAUAUAUGCCAAAUGGUGUAUACCUUCAUAAAGAUGUUGCCAGCUGCUUUAAUAUUGAAUGAUCCUGUAUUGUCUACACCAAUAACAGACUGGUUUGGUGUCGGAAUUAAAGCCUAUCAACCUCUGGAAGGUUAUUAAGCUCCCCACAAUAGCGUAUUGACCAACUAGAAAGUAUAUUUUAGUCCUGAACAUAGUUCAAGGCUAAAGUAAACUCUCAAUGUAUAUACACCGUGAAGCUGGGUACACUCUAGGUGUAUAUAUUUGUGGAUAGGAAUUCACCUGUAGUAGUAGUGGCAAUGGGUCUGUUGGAGAAUAUGGUCUUUCUUGCUAUCUUUUAUAGCGUAGUUCUUACUACAUUUGUUUACAAACAUUUUGCAUUUACAAGUUUAUUAGAACAAAUAAAAUAUAUUCGACCAAAGGCUAUAACGAAACCAAAAAUCAAAA